GCGCUGGGAAUCAACUACCACAUGCUUGCUGCGUCGGAGACCAAUGCUGGCUACCGUGAUUUUUUCCUCUUGAACAUGGGUGAGGGCAAGUUUGAUCAUGUGUUCCGUUCCGUUGAAGAGCAGCUUGCAGAGCAUCAGCCCCCAAAACAUGUCGAUUUGAUGAUCACAGGGUCGCCCUGCGACCCGUUUAGCGUGCAGCGAUGCAAACGUUUCAGAGCAGGAAACGUCAAGGAACAUUGUGACUUCAAGGUGACAAUGCAAUCUGUUAUUCAAAUGUACGAGAAAUAUGCUCCGGCCAUUGGCGUCAUGGAACAAGUCAUGGGCUUCUUGAUGCCCUUUGAAAAGGAUGGUCAGGUGACACCAUGCGACAGGUUCCUUGAGUUGCUUGGACAAGCAAACUUGGGCAGUGGGUACUUCGUGGCCAAGUUCCAGCUUGACUCCAAGCUCUGGCUCAACAUCUCCAGACCGCGGAUGAAUGGGCAGGAAGACAAGGUGAUUCAGCUGGAUGAUUUUGAAGCAGCUUUUGCGAGUUGGGCAGAUGACUGUGAUGAAGAUGUUGCGGAUAGACCUGCUAGCGUUGAAGCUGCGCCAAAGAAGAAGCGUGGUAGACCGAAAGGGUCCACUGGCAGUAAAUUCAUACGACAGGAGUUGCAGGCUCUUGCUGCAGCCAGUGCGGAAGGUGAGGAUGAUGCACCUGCCGAGGAAGCCCCUGAUGUGAGGAGUCAGGUGGCAUACUUACACCAGCAUCGUGAGCAAGGCAAGCGCUUGAUUGACUUGUUUGGGCCUGCGAAGUUCAUCCUGAAUGUGGGGAGUGCUUUCCAGCGUGUGGUUUCAGGGGCGCUCAGGAGUUCAAUCGAGCUGCUGACCCGCACCAAGGAUAAUCAGGUCUUGCUUCAAGAGGGUCUUGGAGAGACAGACCGGCAAGGUUCAUUGGCCUAUAUUGUGCAGGGUCGGGCGCUAACAUGCAGUGCCACCGCUUUAGCUGCAAUGAACAAGGGCACAGAGGCCAAACACCAGAGCAAGUCUACUUUGCAACGCAUCAUGGUCUCUGCAGGUGCUUUGGCCUUGGAGAGCUCAGCCUUACUCUGCAGUUGUGCCCUGUCAUCCUUCAUUGAGAUUUGCAAGCAAACCCCUCAGCGCAUCCUUCAGAUGAAGCCCCUGAUGUUUUGCUGGCGCGUUCGGUACGAUGAAACUCCUAGCAAAGUGCGUGUGGUAAAUGUGGGGAGAUUGGGGCAUCAGAUGGAGCUGGAGCUGUUUCAGCGCCAGCUGGGCAUAUUAUCCUACCAUCUGAACCAGCGAGCCUGUGUCAUGGAGACCUUGGACACUUUGCCGGAGUGGCGCAGGAUCUCGUCUGAGUUUCCAAUCAAGGUCAGGGCAGCCACUACAGACCGCUACGCUGCCAAUUAUAGGACUGAGGAUGGCCUGCAGAGUCCUGGGUACAUGGAAGACUUUUUGUUGCUGCACCUGGCUUGUGAUGCGCGCAGGGCUGCAACCAGCAUCAAAUCCUCUUUGGCUCAGUGCGAGGCUGAUGUCAGUGGCCUGCUGAACACAGCCCUAGCGUUGAGUGAGCUGGGUGUCCUGAAGCGGCUUCGAGACUUGCUGACGGCGUUGUUCUUCAGAGAGAUGGACAUCGUCGAGUCGCAGCAGCCGCCUGAUGAUAUGGACACCGCGAGCUACAGAGAAGAGGUAUUUGCGUGUUUCCUGCCCCUUGAAGGAAGGACUGCAAAUCUCAACAGGAAGCGCAGAAUGGUUCUUCAGACAAUGUUGAAUGGCAAGAUCCAGCGCAAACCGCUUCAACACUACUGUCCUCCUGGUGCUCUGUGCUGCAACAACAGUCGUCAGCAAACCAUGACCACAUGCGCUCUAUACGUUACAUGGGCUUUGGUUCCUUUUCAGUGCCCAGCGAUGUCAAGAAAGAAUUGGCUGAACCAAACAUCCAACAUGGAUUGGGUGGGUGUUCUGGAGUCCCACCAUGGAUUGUUCAGCCGAUUGAUGAUGCUUCAUUUGGGUUCCCCCAAAGCCGUGGUGCCCAGCGCCGCUGACUCCAAUCAGCAAAAUCCUGACCAGCAACAACAUGCUCCCGCUGUUCAAAGUGAUCCAGUGGGUGAUGAGUUUGACAUGUGGCAAGACGCUUUGCUUGAUGAGCUGGUGCAGAGUGAGCAGGCCAAGGCAGCACCAGCCCAGUCAGAACCUUGCACUGUUGCAGAGGAGAACGCGCCUGCGCAGCCAAACCUUGAGUCGCAAGAGGAUAUGUGGAAGGAGAUGAAGCGCUUGCGCCGGCAGUCUGCGCAGACGUACGCUGCAUCUGAUCCAUACAACCGCCUCUACAUUGCCCGCCAGGCAAUAGGGCCCUUGCAUGCUUUCAUGACAAAGGUCCUGGCUUUCAGUGGGGGCCAAUGGGAACGCAAGCAGGCUGCCCAGCAAGCUCUUGGUAAGCCCCGCACCUUUCUCAUCCUUGAAGCUGCUCGUGGGGAGGAUCUUUGCCAAGCAAUGACCCAGUUGCUGCAGAUCAUCUUUGACAGCCCCAGAAGAGUUCACACAGACACCUUCACAUGUGUUCACCGAGCCUUGAAGCUUGGCAUGGUUGUCUCUGGAAUGUGUGCAAUGCAUGCUUUGCUGCGAAGGGCACGUGGUGCAAUGCCUUACCAGGCGUUCCACUUGGCAGCUCAGGACAUUAGUGAGGACGAGCUGAAGCAGCAUGCAGAGCGGUUGGCAAAGCUUCCCCCUUGCCUUCAUGACGAGUUCUGGGCUGGGUGGUCCAAGAAAUAUCCUGACAAAACAGAUCUCCUUGGGUCUGAGUGCAGGGGGCUCCUUCAGUGUUUGGCGUCUAUCAUUGCGUUAGAUGUUGCAAGUAUUGAGUCAGCGCACUCAAGCACGAGAGAGUUUGCGAAUCUACGGGCCCGGGGUUGGGUGAGCAGCCUCGAAGAAGUCUCUUCCCGCUUUGUCCUCCUUCGGAACAAACAAACGCAUGCUGGAGGUCACACGUCAAGGAAGAAGCCUGGAGGAACUGGAGCGUCUGACACUCAAAAGUCAGGCCAGCGCAAGAAAAAGAGACAAGCUUCUAUUUCAGCGUGGAAUGCUUUUGUGCAUGUGCAUGCAGCUGGACAGCGCCCAUCAGCUGAGCUUCGUUCUCGAUUGAGCCAAAUGUUCAAAGACCUGUCAGAUGAAGACAGGCGAAAAUAUAAUGAUUCUGGACAAGCAGCAUCUGCCGCACGCAAAAUGGGAUUCCCUGCCUUUGCAACUUCUGCAGACAAGAAGCGCCGGAACAAAAAGCAGCUUCCGUGGAAUCAGGGUAUGUUGGCUGGGCCUAGCUCUGCAGCUCCCAUGCUGCUUGCAGGGGACGAAGCACUAGGUGGAGCCAUUGUCGCACAAGAUGCAGAACCAUUGGAUGAUGCAUUGGUUGCUGAUGUGGGUGGACAGGUGACUGAACACCUUCGCGCGUGUUUUCCGGACCUGCCUUGGAGCUUGAUGAAGCUGAAGAGGUGCAGUUGGAAGCCUUCUGCCAACAGGUUGAGGUGCCUGAGAUCCCAGUUGCAAAACAGUGGCAGGACAGUGGCCAAUCACAGCUGA